CAGGUUGUACCGCUCUCGAAUGCAUCUAUCCCUCCCUCUAGUAAAAUGAUGCUCAACUUUACCUGAGCUCGCUACCGCUUGAGUAAUAGGCGUAAAGACAACGGACCGCUUGGGGCAAAGAUUCACUGUAGCGAGAGUCCGGCUCUGAAGCGCGCACACAGUCAGCACCCUGGACAGCGCGCGGCGCUGCAGUGGCGAUGCGUGGAUUCAACCGGUGGCUUUCAACCACAGCAGCAGUGUGAGCGGACCGUUUUCCUGACUGUUACAUAAACUCUUUGUGUUCCACAUCUAGAAAACGCUGCUGGCAUUCUGGAUCACUUGGAAUAGUGUUUUUUCUUUUUUGCUCUUUCUAAUACGAGCGACUCCAUUGUGUGGGUAGGCGUGUCGCUGCCGGUUGCGUGGUUGGCUCCAGAAGCCGUGCUGAGUAACGUGGAAUAGCGACUGUCGGGCGGACGGAGUGGUGUGCUGGUGGUGCCUACGAGACCCUUCAUUUAUAAGGAUGCUGGUGGGAAAUGCCUGGAGACAGAGAUGACGAGAUUUGUCAAAAGGCACUUGAACUCCUGUCAGAUCUUUGCUCGAAGGGGGAAGUGCAGAACGAACACUGCCUGGAUUUUAUCUACUAUUUCCGAGACCUUGCCAGGCCACGCUAUACGGAUUCAGAUAUAUCGGUGAGUCUGUUGUCACUGGUAGUGACUGCCUGUGGCUUGGCUCUGUUUGGGGUCUCCUUGUUUGUCUCCUGGAAACUCUGCUGGAUACCAUGGAGGGAGAGUGGGCUCUCCCCGACCACCAAGGAGGCCCAUGGGCACCUCAACCCUAUAAUGAGCCCUCUCCCCUCGCUGCUCGCAUCCAGGCAGCCAGUUUACACAGCCGUGGACCCCCCACCGCACAACCGCCGUGAGUCAUCACACUGCUCCAUCGCCAGAGAGCCCACUCCUGUGGCAUCUGUGGUGUCAGUGGAGGCUCCAGUAACUCCAGUAUCACCACCACCUGUGGUCAUGGCCACAACAGAGGCAGCUAUGAAGAUCAGUCACACAUCUCCAGACAUCCCACUUGACGCCCAGACUAAAAGCCGGGAAAAUGGGGUUCACACCAACCCUCGUAUGCAGAAACAGACCACUGAACACCCACCCUCUGGCCACCUAAUAUCUGAAAUUGGACAAGGGUCCAUUCGCAGGCAUAUAAACCUGUCUAACCCAGACUUCAACGUGGCUCAGUUCCAAAGACAGGACUCUCUCACUGGAAUGGGGCUGGGCCUUGGUCGCCUCAAACCUGAACUCUACAAACAGCGCUCCCUUGAGGGAGAUGAAGUCAGUCGCAGAGGCGGGGGUUGUGGGCGCCUCCACUUUAUCCUCAAAUUUGACUGCGACCUGGAACAGUUAAUAGUUAAGAUCCACAAAGCAGAGGAACUCCCAGCCAAGGACUUUUCUGGCACCUCUGACCCUUAUGUUAAGAUCUACCUUCUCCCUGAUCGUCAGACCAAGCACCAGACCAAGGUGCACCGCAAGACGCUAAAUCCCGUGUUUGAUGAGGUCUUCCUGUUUCCUGUGGCAUACUCUGAGCUUCCUACACGUAAGCUGCACUUCAGUGUCUAUGACUUUGACCGAUUUUCACGCCAUGAUAUUAUUGGCCAAGUGGUUGUGGACAACUUCCUGGAUCUGGCAGAUUUCCCCAGGGAGACGAAACUCUGCCGGGACAUCCAAUGCGUCUCCUCGGAUAAUGUGGAUCUCGGGGAUCUGAUGUUUUCGCUCUGUUACUUGCCCACUGCCGGCAGAUUGACCAUCACCAUGAUAAAGGCCCGCAAUCUCAAGGCCAUGGAUAUCACUGGUGCAUCUGAUCCAUAUGUGAAGGUUUCACUAAUGUGUGAUGGUCGCAGACUGAAGAAGAGGAAGACAUCGACAAAGAGGAACACUUUGAAUCCCGUCUACAACGAGGCCAUUGUCUUUGAUGUCCCCCCAGAAAAUAUAGAGCAGAUCAGCCUUUUGAUUGCAGUGAUGGACUACGACCGCGUAGGCCAUAAUGAGGUCAUUGGUGUGUGUCGAGUUGGCAAUGAUGCUGACAGCCUCGGUCGAGACCACUGGAGUGAAAUGCUCACAUGUCCCCGAAAACCUGUUGCUCACUGGCAUCCAAUUGUUGAGUACCAAGGGACUAGUAGCCAGGGAGGAUCCUGUAAUUCUCUGAAGACGCCUCCCUCUCCGUAGCCUUGAGCAACACUGCACAUAAGAGCACCAACCUGACCUGAAGUCUUGGCUGUACCUUUGGACAAUAGUGCUGCUGAGUGCUGCACACAUAUGGUCACAAAAGAAGAAUGCAUACAUUGAUAAAAUACUGAAAAGAGAGACAAAAACUGUCUUGAGCUCCACUCAAUAUGAUUGGUUGCAUGUUGAAUGACCACAAAGAUGGAUGUUUUCUUUUCUAUAAUGUUCCAAAAGAAAAAUAACAGGCGUAUGCAGACAUUUUGAGUCUGUGCUAUUCCUGGGUUUAUACAGUAGUUACUGUUUUUUACAUAGUAUUGUUACUUAUUUUAAUGAGGUGAGUCUGUAUUUGCACAUUGUACUUACAACCAGUUGAACUGCCACACUGUUUAUUCUUUUUUAAAUUUGGUGAUGAAUUGGUGCAUGAAGUCAUGGUUUGGUGGGAUAUCUUCUCCUUGUUUGUUUCUAUUUCUAUUUUUGGGAAUAGGAUAUGUCGUUCUGUCAGUUGAUGUACAGUGACGGUUGAUUUCUAGACGGUAUCUGUAAGAAAAUGAUGUUCAAUGUUAUCAAUAAAUAUCAUUCCUCAUAAAAAACAACCAUCAUUUAUGUCUGACAUAUGUCUAAUUUGUUUGUGGUUUAUUUCUUCAUUUAAGGAAAUAUAAGAACAAAUAUUGUCUGACUGUAGUUCUACAUGGUGGACAACUAGGAAAUCUGUGAGCAUGUCCAUUCCAUUACUGUUUAUAAAUAAGUGUUAUUGGACGUGCAGUCCAUAUAAAUACAGCCAUGUGGCAAGAGGCAAGAAAGGCUGUGAGCAGAUUAUGAAUGCCUGUAGGCUCAGCACAGCCCAGAAAUGAACUGUUGCCUAAUUAGCAAAUACUCUAAAGCAGUUUUGAAACACAGAACUUAUCACAGAACACAUUUGCAAUGGAUCCCUUGCAGUUUGCAUUCAAUUUAUGUUUUGACUAUUGACUUGAAUGGAG